GAUGGCGAUUUUCGCGAGAGAUGAGUGUUGAUGAUGAGUAAAACGGGUGCAGUUAUGCUGUGAAACCAUUUGGAUUAGGUCGAAAUUAAUUGUGUUUAAAACGUGCGUGUUCAAGGCCCCAUUGUUGUUGAGUGGAAUUCUGUAUUUCAGCCUUCUGUGUACUCAGUUUAUAGUGUCCUCAACAUGAGCUCAACUGACGGGCCUUUCAUUCCCAUGGUGUCCUCAUCCCCUCCACCGAUGGAUGAUGGUGGUUUUGAUGAGGAUGACGAUGACUUUGGAUCAUUCUCCCAAUACGGAUCUGAUUUAGUUGGUUCACCUCCUGGUCUCAAACAUUACAAAGCCACAAAGAAUGAAAUAAACUUUAAACCAGUGAAAGAAGACUUUGAGAUUACUAAUAAUCAAAAUGGCAGUGAUUUUCGUUCUUUUACAAAAGACAGAAGUAAUGUGGACGAUGAUUUUGGUGACUUUGCUGAUGCCUCAAAUGGAAACAGUUUUCCAAGCGAAAAUACACUACAGCCACUGACAAAUGGAAACUCAACCCACUCAGAAGAUUGGCAGAGCAAUGGUAACCAAGAACAAUCAAUAGAUUCUUCAACAGAUGUUAAAAAACAAACUUUAGAUUUAUUUUCAGAAUUUCACAGCUCAAAUGCCAAUGAUAGCAAAGAUACACUUUCGAAAGAUAGUACAUCAAUAUCAAGUAUGGAUGAUGACUUCUCCGACUUUAGUGCCUUCACAUCCGGUGCAAAUCCAGGUCAUAUUCCCGAUGAAGAGAAAGACACUUCCAACAGGAAUGAUAAACAGUCUAGUACUGCAGAAUGUCAUAAUUCCUAUCAAACUAAAGAUAAUAUUGAUGGUGAUACGAACUUAAAAGUCAACUCUGAUACGAAAAGUGCAAUGACCCUAGAGAGAGAUAUAACUGAUCCAAAUUCUAAUGCAUUCCAAAAACAAAAUACCUUGAGCAAACAUGAGGAAAUCACCAACGAUGAUGAUUUUGGUGACAUGGACUCUAAAAGGAAUGAUGAGAUUAGUCUUCAAGAAAGUUCUAAUAUUGGUGGAUUUGCAGAGUUUGGAAACUUUCAAGGAAAAUCAAUAGAUAUAAAGAGUGAUCUUAAAACAAGUGAAGAUUCAGGAAAAAAGAACUAUGAAUCAAGUGCGGAUAAUCAAGCUAAAGUUGAUACAGCUAAACUAGAUUUCCAGGAUGAUUUUGCAAGUUUUUCCUCUUUUAGUAAACCCAAUAAAAAGGGUUUUUCUAAUGAUUUUGUCUCAGAAAACAAAGAAAUUGUAGAAGAAAAUGCUUUUACUGGUAACAAUGAUAACAAUUUUGGUGCACAUGAGUUGAAACCAUCAUCAGAUGACUUAGGUAACUUUGAAUCAAAACCAGUAUCAUCAGGAAAUUGUGAGUCGAACACAACAGAAUUGGAUGAUUUUGGAAACUUUGAAUCAAAAACAACUACAAGAUCAAAUGAUUUUGGAAAUUUUGAGUCAAAACCAGUAAUAACAUCUGAAAAUUGUGAGUCGAAAACAACAGAAUUGGAUGAUUUUGGAAACUUUGAAUCAAAAACAAUAUCAUCAGAUGAUUUCGGAAACUAUGAGUCUAAAUCAACAUCAUCAGAUGAUUUUGGCAAAUUCACAGAUUUUAGCAAUCAGAAAAAAAGUAGUGAGGCUAAGAAAGAAGCUGAUACAUCAUUCCAACAGAUGAAAAGUGAUAAAUUUGCUGAUUUUGGAAAUUUUGAGUCAAAAAAUGUUGAAGAUGAUUUUGGAGAAUUUGGAACAUUUCAAGAAUCAACCACCUCGCAAUCUGGUGCUCAGAACGAUGAUGAUGAUUUUGGCAGUUUCUCAAGUAACAAUACCACUUCAGACGAUUUUUGCAAAUUUAGCACUGCUCCUAGUAAACCAUCUGCAACAAUACCGAAGGUCACGGGUAGCAAGUUGGACCAGGUUUUCCGAGUGUGUUUUCCAAGUAACUGCGACAGCAUUGAGACAGAAAAUACAAUUAAUACCCUACUAGAUGUUAUCAAAGAAGAAACUAAAGAAAGCGAGCGGAAGAAGAAUACUAAUGGGUCGACAGCUAUAAAUAUCUGGGAUAAGUUACAGAAUAUGGAGAAGACUAAUGCAUUAGCAUAUCAGUGGGCAGACUCUAGCAACAACAAGCAACUGCUUACAGCUUUGGCCAUAGACACUAGAAAUAUUCUGUCUUCCAAGAAGAGGCCAACUCCUAUCUUUGCCUCAGACCUCGGCCUCUUGAUUCCCAGCAAAGCAGGCGAGAAGGUAGAGAAGCAACAGGAGCCUAGCCCAGAGGAAACACUCAUUUCAACCAGUAUAUCUGCUGUUAUUCCUGAUGAGGAAUCUUCUACGAAGAUUGAGUUUGAUUGGUCUGGAAGUGGUUUAACUAACCCUUUAGAUGCAAACAGCUUAAACUUGGAUUUCUUUGUCGUAGAGACAAAGUCCUCGUUGAAAAACAAGUGGUCGGCAGGUGGUUUAGAUAGCGAGUUUCUAGGCCUGGAGAUGUCAUCACCAUUAGCGCCACCUCCAGGAGGAAGCAGUACCAAGCCUCUAGACAGCAUCCUGAAAAACAUGCAGACUUCGAUGGUAACCCAACCUAAGAAAGAUGAGAAUUUAAGUCAGGAGGCAAACAACGUACUUAGUAAUUUACCGCAGCUUUCGUUCAUGCAUGCCAAAGUACUGAUGUUCCCAAUGAAUCCAGUCCCCAAGAACUCCACGCUUUGAUAGGCAUGUUAUAAUUCCUAUUAUUGCAUUCAUGUUUUUAUCUAUUCAAAAACCUGAUAUGAGCUCUGCACUUCCAAAUAGAUUAUAAGCACAAAGUACUUAGAAGAUACACUAGCCUACAUUUCCAUAGUGUUCAUUCCUUAUUUACUUACAGUAGUUGAUGCGAAGAAAGCAUUGACAUCACAAAAACUGAUGUCAGACCAGCUCUCUGACAAUGAUGGCAUACUGUACAUCUGUUACUGAUGUCCAUUAGUAGGACUUCUAGCUCUGCUGGUGAGAGGUUGAUGGUACACCAGCUUAGCUACUGUUUUAUUGAUGGCAUACCUCUUGAUGAUGAGGUAUCAGAAUUUCUGCUCCUGGCUCAGCUGUUAAAGGAACUCUUGCACAUCUCUUACCAAUAUUGACCACAUGAUCUUUCUGGCUCAGUUGGUGAUGCCUUUGUUGGCAGUAUCAAUGCUAAAACUCUAUAAAUAGCAUGGUGAAACUCUUUACCAAUGUCUGCUAGUAGGGAAAAGUUUACCAGCUCAGCUUCGAUGGCCCGAAGUCCAGCUGAUGCCAACUUUAAUGGCUCCAUUUAAUUAUUUUUUUUUUAGCAUUUAGCUGUAUUGCAUUGCGGUUUCAGACCAUUGAUAAAAGGCAACAACAUGUGGAAGUGAGAAAAAAAAUCUGGGCAAUUUUACAUUUUGCAUCAUUUUCACCAAAAAAAAAAAAAAAAAAA